CACUAACAACCGCUCAUGAGGCAGACUCACACCCCACGGAGCACGGCUGGGAUAUUCAUGUUAAUACAUCGUCUGGGGAUGCCCAACAUGCUCCUGUCCCUGGCCAGUGUCAUUGUCACCUUGUGGGCCUCCUGGGCUCAUGCACAAGGGAGAACUUGUGACUUUCCAGAAAUAAAGCACGGGAGCAUUUAUGAGGAGCACAGAUACAAGCAGACCUUCCCCGUCGCCGCGGGGAGGUACUUCUACUACUCCUGCGACCGCAGCUUUGCGUCUCCUUCGCAGUCGCUCUGGACUCGAAUAACCUGCACGGAGGACGGCUGGUCGCCAACACCCAGGUGUCUCAGACAGUGCUUCUUCCCUUGGGUGGAACGUGGUCGGUCUGCAUCUUCAGGACAAACCCAUCAGGAAGGCGACACGGUGCCAGUUGUCUGUGAUGAGGGCUACAGCCUCCCCCUUAAUCAGAGCAGCAUCACGUGUGGAGAAAGGGGCUGGUCCACGCCCCCGACGUGCAGUCGUACCGGUUCUAGAAGAAAAUGUGGGCGCCCUCCAACCAUCGACAAUGGGGACAUCACCACAUUCCCAUCAGCCAUCUACGCUCCAGGAGACUCAGUGCAGUACAAAUGCCAGGCCUACUAUAAACUUCAGGGAAACAGGAUCCUAACAUGUCGUGACGGAGAGUGGUCAGAACCACCCAAAUGUUUAGAGGCAUGUGUAACAUCAGAAGAAAUGAUGGGAAAGCAUAACAUACAGUUGAGAUGGAGACAGGACAAAAAACUUUAUUUGGAAUCAGACGAUACUGUUGAGUUCACCUGCCGACCUGGGUAUCGUGCAAAGUCACCACCUUCCGCAUUCCGGGUAACGUGUCGGGCAGGAAAACUGACGUAUCCCACUUGUGAAUGAAACGAUGGUUAUGUUGCAGUCUGAAAAUUGAAAUACACGUAUUCAUUUAGAGUAUUUUAUAUUAAUCCAAUUCUCUAUUUUUCAAGUGUAUUAUAUCUCAUUUCUCUUCAUAAUCAGAAUUUAUGUUGAUACCAUUAUAAUGUGAAAGACCAAUGAAUCACUCUGAAAGGGAUCUCAUUAAAAUGUGGCAAACCAC